AUGUCGGUGGGUACACCGGCAGAGCCAGACUUUGGAGAGGAUCUUGGUUAUGAUGACGCGGAACCAGAUUUCCGUGGCGGCGGCGGCGGCGGAAUGGACGACAGUCAAAUGGAUGAUGCUGCUGAUCAGGAAAGACAGCAGAGGCUAGCCGAGAGAGCAAACAAACAGAAGAAUAUGCUUGAGCGCCUUCGCAAGGCGAAGGAAGAGCAAGAGCAACCAGAGGAGGGUUCCUUGGACGGGUUGGAAACCGCUGAGGAGCCGGAACCAGAGCCAGAAGUCAAGCCAAGAUCUAGGCGAAGGGCCAGUAUUGGAAUCCCCAAAAAGUUCAGUAUGAGCACGAACAACUUUGCUUCGUUCGACCCUGACGAAGGAAAGAAAGACGACCGUAAGAAAGACGACCGAAAGAAAGAUAUGAAGCGAGGAGCCGGCAAGCCAGAACGCACAGGGAAAACGCCUGCGAGAGCGAAGUCGAGCGAGAGUGGUGUUACUGCGGGAAGCGGGCCAACUAGAGGAGGACGCGCCAGGGCCGCUGACACGGAUAGGAGGAUGCGUGGCUCCAUGUUGGAUAGAAUAGGCGGGUAG